UUGAAGAAAAUAGCUCCCAUUGAUUGGCACAUGGUGAAAACUUACUGUUAUCAAUAUUGUGUUGGCUGCGUUCAUUAAAGUUUGACCAAACUUUUGUGAAUCCAGUCUUUGGCUCCAUUCAUAUUCACUACAAAUUUAAAAUCGAAGAAAACUACCUGAACAGAACAACUUGGUCUGUACAGGAAACAUUUGACUGUGGAAACAGGAUCCAGGGCAGGAACUCGUUGCUCUCACACCCGAAGUCUCAUAACCCUCUUUGCUGUUUUUGAAAUUUCAAAUUUCUUUGGGACUUAUAUCAACCCUGAAAGCUUCACCUUAUCAUCAGUACCCACAGCCAGCUAUGAACUAAAAUAUUUGUAAUCUAAUGGGAACUCAUAUACUUUGAUGAGAAGGACUUUCCCCAUAUCAAGUGGACCAACUUUUCUAUUGCUGUAGCACAAGGAAUGCACUGCUAUGGCGACAGCUGUCGGACAAAAUGAACUUGUAUUUGAGUUUGCAACUAAUGACAUGGAAAAUGCACAGGAGGUCGGUGGGUCAUGUAUUUUCCCCGCAGUCAUUGUGGAGCAAGUCCCCAAUGCAGACCUGCUCCAGGACUAUUCUGGGCUUGCUUGUGAUGAAGAAACAAACGGAAUAAUUAAUGACAGUUCCCUGGAUGUUGUUGAAGAACAGGUUAUUGGAGAGGAGAUCACAGUUUCAGUAGAGGCUUCCUGUCAGAAUGGAGAUGAAUCCAUGGAAACAAUUGAGGCUGCCGAGGCUCUGCUUAACAUGGACUCACCUAGUCCUGCCACAGAAGAAAGGAGAAUAACUCAUGUGUUCAUGCCAUCAGCAAGUGGGGUGAUCACGGCUCCCAUCACACACAUCUCUGUGCGGGCAGAUGGAGUUCCUGAGGUGGUGGAGAAUGCAGAAGAGAUUAUACUGAUGGAGGAAACUGCACAGCAGGAGGUAGCUAGCGAAUCAUUGGAACAGAACAAGAAAAGAAAAGGGCGAAAACUGAAACCACCUCGUCCAGCUUCACCGGUGGCAAAUCCAGACUUCCCUGUGAAAAGAAAAAACAAAGAUGGCAAAGGAAACACAAUCUACCUCUGGGAGUUCCUUCUGGCUUUGCUCCAAGACAAGAAUACAUGUCCCCGAUAUAUCAAAUGGACUCAGAGGGAGAAAGGCAUUUUCAAACUGGUUGACUCGAAAGCUGUGUCCAAACUAUGGGGUAAACACAAAAACAAGCCGGAUAUGAAUUAUGAGACAAUGGGCAGAGCUCUCAGAUAUUAUUACCAAAGAGGAAUCCUUGCCAAGGUGGAGGGGCAGCGCUUGGUCUAUCAGUUCAAGGAGAUGCCCAAGAACCUCAUCUGCAUUGAUGACGAUGAGCCCAGUUCUAUUUCUGAAACCCAGGAAAAUCCUCCAAAACUCUCAGCAUACAAGCUUCCCAUGACUUCAGCAACCGUCUUGCCGUCGGUAGUCACCAGUUGUAUCCAAACCCAGAAACCCAGGGUUGCCUCACAUGUGAUGUCCAGUGUGAGGGAAGGUUCACCCCAGCCCUCUACUGUAGUCAAGUCAAUGAAGGCAAGUUGUGUUGGAGAGACUGAGCAAGGGUCAGUGCACAUACUGUCACCAGAAAUGUUGAAAGAUGUUCAGUCCCUUCCCAAAGUGCAGCAACCCAGUGUUCUCAAGACUGCGCAGGUGGUACACCCAGCUCCACCUCACCGUGAAGAGCAGAAGGUCACCAGCAGAAACAUCCCAUUUUCAGCAUCGAUGACUCCAUCAGCACAGUCAGUGAGAACGAUAAAAACUCCAUCACAGGUUCCAGUGGUUGUAUCACCAGGAGCUCAGAGAAUCAACACUGUUACAUUGCAAACUGUCCCGCUCACGACUGUGAUCACGAGCACUGAUUUAGCAAUGUCCUCCCCCAAGUUCAUUUUCCAAACAGUUCCAUCUUCCCAUCAGGGGACGGUGCUGAAAGAAAACGUCGCCUUGCAAGGGGACUCACUCAUUGCAAAAAUAGUCACACCCACCUCUCUUGCUGUCCAUGGUGCCAGCAUUCAGCAGGUUAUUCCAACUAGCCCACAGCUACCAGAUAAUACAACACAAGGUGCGUCUUUGUACAGUGCAGUAGGUGCCGCCACUCCCGUGGUAACCUUUGCAUCUACCAGUCAGCAGAUUAUGAGUCAACCACAAGGCACAGUGUUCACAUCGGUGAUCAAAGCACCAGAAACCAAGCAACCUGUUAUACAGACUGCAGCCAAGCAGGAAGAUCAGAAAGGGACCAUGGGACCCAGCCAGCAAAGUGAGCAUAGAACCCAGCAGUCCCAAGUAAUUGUGCUCACAAAUUCGGCAAUGCUUCCUCAUCACAUGCUUUUUGGAGCAGGGGAACACAGGGAAGUGGACACACAGUGACACUGCAGACUUUCCCUUUCAAGCCUCCUCAGCUCCAUUCCCAAUUCUUUUUAAAGUUAGAGCUACAAAGUAUUUUCUGGGUGGUUUACUUGAAGUAAUGUUCAACUCGAUCUGUGCUUAGUUUUAACGUUAUAAAUAGAGGUUACAGGGCAAAGGUGCUACUAAACUGGAGGUAAUGACAGAAGUUAAAAAUAUAAUCUUAAAAGAAGCUUUUGCUCUUUUAAUUUUUUUUGGUUUCUGGAUGACUUUGUUAGAAGAAUUUAGAACAUUUUUCAAAACUGAGUUGCAUUUCUUACAAUUAUAGCACACUACCAUACAGAAACGAAUUGUAGAUCAGUCAGCUUUUGUGGAUUGGCACACGAUGGCCUUUGCAAUGGAAGUGCUGAUAAACUGGCAUCGAGAUUGUUUGCGCUGAUAAUUAUCCCUGCGUUACAUGAAACCUAUCAGUUAAAGGGUUCAGACGAAUAUAAAAGGCAGCUCUUUUAAUAUCUAGAUCCACAUGUUCAAGCAUAAAUUUGGUUUCUUUGCGAUUAAGUAUUUUUUUCUCUCUGUGUUGGAUUUAAAAAGGCAGAAUAUCCAGAAUAUUUGGCUGGUUUAUUUCACCAUGACCCCUACUCUUUUCUUUCUAUUAUAAAUUUGUACAGACUUUGCUAUGAAUCCAAUGAGUAAAGAAAGGAAACAGUAUUUGCUUAUUAGAUGGGCUUUUGUCAAUGGGAUUUUUCUUUAAAAAGAAAUUAUCCAAGGGAUUUUUAUUUUCGCAGGAACCUUCAGCUCCACGGUGUAAAUAUUUUUUUAAAAAACUUUUCCUUGAUUUUGUAAAUAAUGUAUUUUGUGUUCUAUUUUUGAGGUUGAAAGAAUAUUUGAAAAUUCCAAUUACUAGCUCUUUUUUUUAAAAAAAGAAAGAGGUACAUUUUGUAUAGUUUUAAGAUUUGAUGUUAAAACCAUGUUUCCACUGGCAUUAGUGAGCAUAUGUUCAAGGCAAAAAUAAAUAAUUUUA